UUGCGGGGGUGAAGAAAUAUUAAUGUCAAUACGAACGAUGAAAUGAUUCACGCCCCGUGCACAUUCCACAGAAUAUAAAAGCCCAGAUCCCCCCCACCCCACCCCACUCGGCGACAGUCUGGCCUCUCUCUCUCUCAUGGCCUGCCUCACCUCUCACUAGUACUCCACCGGCAAUCCCACACCGACUGUCACUACUCUCUCUCUCUCGCUCUCUCUCGCUCGCUCUCUGAGUUCGUUUCGGCCGGCGGUCGGCCAUUCCUCUCCGGUGCUUAUGGCGUCGAUUGUCGAAUCUGGUUGGCUGUAUCUGAUCACUCAUUUCAGCGAUUUUCAACUGGCAUGCUUGGGAAGUUUCUUUCUUCAUGAAAGUGUCUUUUUCUUAUCGGGUCUACCUUUUAUAUAUAUUGAGAGAGCAGGAUGGCUGAGCAAGUACAAGAUUCAGACUAAAAAUAAUUCCCCUGCAGCUCAGGAGAAAUGUAUUACUCGCCUAUUGCUAUAUCAUUUUGCCGUCAAUCUUCCAGUUAUGGUUGUUUCUUACCCCGUAUUCAGGUUCAUGGGCAUGCGCAGCGGUCUUCCAUUGCCCUCCUGGAAAGUGGUUCUAACGCAGAUACUCUUCUACUUCAUACUGGAGGAUUUUGUAUUUUACUGGGGGCACAGGAUUUUACAUACAAAGUGGUUGUACCAACAUGUGCAUAGUGUCCAUCAUGAAUAUGCUACGCCAUUUGGACUAACUUCAGAAUAUGCUCAUCCCGCUGAGAUAUUGUUCCUUGGCUUUGCUACCAUUGUUGGUCCAGCAAUCACUGGGCCUCACCUGAUUACUCUUUGGCUGUGGAUGGUGGUUAGAGUCUUGGAGACUGUUGAGGCACACUGUGGUUACCAUUUUCCAUGGAGCCUGUCCAACUUUCUACCUUUGUAUGGAGGUGCUGAUUUUCAUGACUAUCACCACCGUUUACUUUAUACCAAGUCUGGAAACUACUCAUCAACUUUUGUGUACAUGGACUGGAUAUUUGGGACUGAUGCAGGUUACAGAAAAUUGAAGGCACUGAAGGCUACAGGAGUGGAAGCAGGCAGCAAGGAAGCGUAACUAUAGGUGAGAAAUAUAAUAUUUUUGGGUAGUCGGAGGGCGGGGGGAUGGGUUCCUAAUUUAAGGACACACCCUAGAAGAGGCUUUUGACUCUUUUCACCCCCUUCCUCAUCUUGUGCGUGCACAAGAGUUCUUUUUUCCUGGUGUUUAAUUUUGAUGGUUAUGGGUUGGUGGUGUGAGAAUGUGGAAUCGGUGGAAAGCUUUCUUUGGACAUUUUGUACCUUCUUACAAAGCGUGCAUGAAAUGCAGUUCUGUCCCUUUUCUUCUCCUUCAGAUCAUCUUCCAUUCCUGAGAGUCUCUUCUUCUUCUUCUUCUACUUCCUCUUAGCAUUAUGCUGGACACUCUGGUUGAUAUUAUAUAUUUUGUUCAUUCCCGUCCUUUUCCCCUAGAGACUUACAGUUUGCAUUUUAAUGAUUUGAUGAUUUUGAUUCUGUUCCGUUAAA